ACAUGUCCCGGAUGUUUAUAGUAAAUUGUGGUAAUUUUUCCUUGCUGUCUCUGGUUUUGACAGGUGUCUAGUGGUGAUAUAGCUAUGCCACUUUCCAAGGAAGAUUCGAGAAGAGCUGCCGCUUUGCUAGAGGAGUUUUGUGCUCAGCUGCAAGCUUGUGAUGAUCCUGGACAUGUUGCUACUUUACGUGCUACGAUUGAAAUGCUGCGUAGUGAUUUGUUUCUGCAAUUGGUUGACAUCCAGAGAGACCAUUACAAUGAGGUGAAGAGCAACAACAGACAUGGUGAGUUACUUCUCAAACAGGAUCCUGCUGUUACCGCUGAUUUUUGUCAUCGAUAUGGAAUCUCUGUCUCCACUAUGUCUUUGGCUGCUUCAAAGGAAGACAAUGAAGAACAAAAUUUAGAUUCUUCAGAUUUGAGCACUGAAAGUGAGGGAAACAAACAGAUAGAGACCGUUCAAAUUGAUGAGCAGUGGGACACAAUGUCUCCUGACCCUGUAUUGGCCAGAGCACAGGAAUUAUUACGUGAUGAUGACUUAGAGAAUGAGAGAACCGAUGCUGUGUUGCCCCUUAAAACAUCUACACCUAUGGGAGGACAGCUGUUAUUUAUGAAUGAACUAAUGCAGCGAACAUCGAGAAGAAAGAAGUCUUUGGAUGAAAUGCAGCCAUAUGAAGAGUCUAGUUUCAGCUCUGUUCUGUCUCGAACUGAUGAUUACAGUGUGUCUCAGAAUGGACAUGUAAAUUCGUAUCAAGAUCAAGAUAGCAGUACACGUCCAACCAGGAAAGAUUCUUUGUAUUUUUUGAGACAUGAAGAGAGCCUAAAGUAUGUACAACAGGCUUACCAAAUUCGUCAUCAAAGGCAGGCAAAGUUUGUAAAAGGGCCACAGGGAGUUGGAUUGAGUAUUGUGGGAAGUGCACACACGGGUGUUUUUGUAAAGGAUAUCUUUGCAGGCGGACCUGCACAGAAAGAAGGAACUUUAAUGAAAGGGGAUCAAAUUCUAGCUAUUAAUGGCAAGAGUGCAGAGAAUAUGUCAUAUACUGAUGCUGCUGCCAUUAUCAAGGAAAUUUCAGCUGGUGGAGACUGUUCAUUGGUGGUAGUACAGAAUCCUUCAGUUUGGGCUGAGUAUGAAAAGGCGAUCAAGAAGCAGCAGAACCCGUAGAAUGAACAGUUUUAACGUUCCCCAACAGAUCUAGAUUCUGUACGUAAUGCUAUUGAAGCUCUAUUAAGGACUAUGUCAAUAAUGAAAUCUUUUUGUACACUAAUUGAACAACUGUAAGCAGCUGGGUUUUAGUAUUAUGUUAGCUGGAUUGGUUUGUUAUUGUGUUUGUCUUUGGUGUUUGUUGAUGAUAUAUUGUAAUACUGUAUUAGCUAAAAGAUUCA